AUGGACCUUGUUGCGGAGCACGAUAUAUAUGAAUCAACGCUAGGCACGAUGAAUCGAACAGCUCUUCAAGUCGACCCAAUGAUCAUUGAUUACGAUGAUUGGCUGACGAUAGAUGGCACGAUUUUUCUUCAUUUUAAUUCAUAAAUUAUUGGAUUCAGGCGUUGAAAUCGAAAUAGUUAUCCUUUUGAUUGUCACGAUUCUCUCAAUGGCGCUUCAGAUUGUGGCGUUUGUUAGGUAUGAUUUUCUUUGAAUUUUUCCCUUUUGAUUCGAUUUUUUAGGCGUCGUCGACGUCGUGUAGGAAUUCAUCCAGAUGCUCAGGCGGACAUGGUGGAUUUGAGGAAUGAUCCACAUUUGCAGGAAUCGAUUGCGAGGGUUAGUUUUUGGAAAGAUGUAGAAUAGUGAUACACGAAAAAUAAUGGAAAGAUUUAGGAAAGAAACAUUUUUGUGAUCGAAAAAAAAGUCGUUAACUAAGCAGUUAUGCAUAUUUUUUUAUAGAUUUUUUUAAGAAAAAAAUCGAGAAAAAUUUUUCUUCCGGCUACCCUGAAUAGGCCGAGCUUUUUGAUUUUUGAAUGAUUUUAAUUUAAUUUUCAACGUUUUGAAGAAAAUUCUUCAGAGAAUGCAAGAAGCGCAACUGAACAACAACCACGAAUGUCCGAUUUGUCUGGCCCCUUCUGCCAGUUUUCCUGUUAUUACUGACUGUGGACACGUUUUCUGUUGUUAGUUUUCUUAAACUCUUUUUAGGAACGUCGGAGUGGUCCCUAUAGGGAAAACAGAUUCUAUAUGGGGACAAAAUACAACUCCUGGGGACUAAAAAUGGAGGUCUCUUUGGGGGUUCAGGGUGCGACUCUUGAGCGCCUAGGGGUGUAAAAGUCGUCCUUGAACGAGAACCUUCAAGGGCCUUUGAGGUUGUCCCUAUAGGGAUCACACUGACGUUCCUGAGAAAACGAGCCCAAAGGCAGCCCGCCUGAUCAAGAGCUCUCAUAAAAAGUAAUUUUUCAGGCGCCUGUGUUAUCAUGUAUUGGCAGCACAGUGGAGACCUAUUCACGCCGGUCAAAUGCGCCGUUUGUCGCUUCAAGGUUCUUUUUUUUUAUCUUCUCUACAGGGCAUUUUUCAGUUGUAUUUUGAAAAAUGUCAAUAAAGAAAAGUCUCACAAGAUUUUUCGAUACGUACAAAAUCACGAGACGACUUUUCAGUAAGAGAUCGAGAUAUUUUGAGAAAAAAGCUUAGAAAAUUGCAGUUUUGACUUGAAAAAAGAUUUUUCUCGUAAGAGCUAGAAAAUUUCGAGACCAGAUCGAGAUCUGAAACACCCCAGGGUUGCAGGUGACGGUGCUGCUGCCGAUCCACUGGCCCUCGGAACAGGACGUCGACGACAGCGAGGACAGCGACACUCUCGCCGACCAACUCCACGAGAACGACAUCCGCGUCAACGACUACAAUCGUCGCUUCUCCGCCGAUCGCAGUGUAUCUUUUAUACUGUGUUAUAGCUCAUUCCGAGGCUCUUGUCACGUUUUUUAAUGCCAAAAAGACCUUAUACCCAAAUUUGACCAAUUUCGCUUCAAGACCUGUGUUGUCUUUUUUGCAGUUUUUUAGAGUAUAAGUGCUUUUUUUUAUACCUAAUUAUCCCAAAUUUGCCGAUUUCGCUUCAAGACCUUUAGCCAAUACGGUAACUUUUCUCUGCUAUUCUCUUCUACUAUUCAUCGUUUCAUCCAAAUGAAAAUAUUAUCGAAACGCUUUUAAAAAACAGUUUCAUCCCGUUUGAAUUCGAUUUUCCCGCCAAAAACCGCGUCGCGUACGCAACGCGUCUCUCUUGCUUUUCUACAGCCCAUUCCGGGCCAGCUUGUCCCGUCUUUUGCCCGCAAUAAGGACCGUACAACAAACUUGACCAAACUUCGCUUAGAGACCUUUUUUUUUGAAAUUUUUAGCAAGAGUGCAAAAAACGGUAAUUUUUGGAACGUGUCCCUCUCGGCUUGAACUCAGCGAUAUUACUGUUUCAAAGCACAUUCAAAAACUUUUAUCAAAAAAUUCCGAUAUUGUUCUCACUUUAGGUUUUCCGAAAGCAGGUUCCGUUUUUUUUUCCAAUUCUCAAAAAAUCAAUUCUUAGGUGAUGGACUACAUCCGCGACGUUCCCGUCAUGAUCCCCUACUUUUUCCGAAAUUUCUUCGCCACCCGCAACUUUAUUGCUAGGAUUUAUCAGUUCGUUUCAUUGAUUUUCAAUGGAAAAUUUGGUUUUUAGAGUUCGAAUCGUGCUGAUUUUGGUGUUUCUGCUGUGCUACGUUAUGUUUCCCACGGAUGUCCUGCCAGAUAAUAUCUACGGGUUUUAUGGUGAGAAAUAAGCUUUUCAAAAAAUCAAUGAAGUUUCUCAAACUGAAAAAUUAGGACCUAGAAAGCUUUUCGAUAAUUUUCAAGUCAAAACCUUUCUACCUAGAAAUUUUCCUCUUGGAAAAAAUGGCGCGAAUUCUCAAUUAUUUUAUUUUGAACCGAAAAGCUGAAAAGGUUUUUUUUCCGAUCCUUAUCUACAGUUUGAAAUAUCCCUUUUGGGUUCAGAGCUUGGAAGGGAAACUCCUUAAGGGAUCACUCCAACUUUUUUUCUUCAGUAAAAAUAAGGAUAAUUUAAGGAGUUUAUAGGUUUUGAAGUAUAUAGAAAAAGGGUUACGAGUAAUCUUGAAAAAUUUCAUUUUUUCUUAAACAUAUUUUUUGGUUUUUUUCAAACUAGGUAUUUUGAUUAAUUUAUUUGGGAAUUUUUUUUUGAAUUUUUGGGUUUGAAUUUUGAGUAUUUUAUUGAUUGCUGGUUACUAGAUUCGUUCAAAAAAACUCUUUUCAAAGGUGUAGUUAGAGUUUGAGGGGAGCAAAAAUACUGAGAAGGUUGAAGACAUUUCAAAAAAACUCAAUUUUUUGAAAAUUGAACAGUUUUUGAAAACAGCAAUUCUACAGAAUUCGGGUGUAUUUCUCAGCUUAAAACUUUAAAAUAAGCGAUUUGUGUGAAAGAAAAAUACCUUUCAUAAAUUAUUGAAUAUAGUCUGUGUGCGACGACUUGAAAUUUCACGGAACGACAUUCCGCUGUUCCGCUGCGUGCGGUCGCGAAGCGUCUUUCGAAUCUAGGCCACGUUUUUAAUUGAUUGUUAUUGCUGUGAGAGCACAUGAAAACAGAGUACCUUAAUAAAAUAAAAUAAAAAAUUAAAAGCGCGACCAAGGUUCGCAAAGGCGCAUAGCGGCACAGCGGAAUGUCGUUCCGUGAAAUUCCAAGUCGUGGUACACAGGCUAUAGUUUUAUAAAAUUCUAUGUUGUUUGGUGAAGCAUUGCACUGUAGGGACUUCAGUUUUAGGUUUCAUCGACGAUUUGAUCCUCGGCAGCGCCGUUUUCAUUUACAUUGCUGCCCUAUUGAGACGGUAUUUCGCGGAUCGCGCCUUGGCUCGGCUAUGA